GAUGGAAGAUUCAGGCAUCCAGCGAGGCCUCUGGGAUGGAGAUGCCAAGGCUGUCCAGCAAUGUCUGACAGAUAUUUUUACCAGUGUUUACACCACCUGUGACAUUCCUGAGAAUGCCAUAUUUGGGCCCUGCGUCCUGAGCCACACUUCCCUGUAUGACAGCAUAGCUUUUAUAGCUCUCAAGUCCACUGACAAAAGAACAGUCCCUUACAUCUUCCGGGUGGACACCUCUGCGGCCAACGGUUCCUCAGAAGGUCUCAUGUGGCUGAGGCUGGUCCAGUCCGCCCGAGAUAGAGAGGAGCAGAACCUUGAAGCCUAUAUCAAAAACGGACAGCUGUUUUACCGCUCUCUCCGCAGGAUUGCCAAAGACGAGGAGUUACUAGUUUGGUACGGGAAAGAACUGACUGAGUUACUCUUGCUCUGCCCAUCUAGAUCCCACAGCAAAAUGAAUGCGGGAUCGACCCCUUACACAUGCCUGGAAUGCAGCCAACGCUUCCAGUUCGAAUUCCCCUACGUGGCGCAUCUGCGCUUCCGCUGCCCCAAGAGACUCCACAACGCGGAUCUGAGCCCUCCGGACGAGCAAGGCGCAGGCGGCGGCGGAGCCAAGGAUCACGGGGGAGGCGGCGGCGGUGGCAAAGAACCGCAUCUACCGCGACCCGAUACCACCACCUUGGGCCCGGGCCCCAAGUUCUGCAAAGCUGCUCCCAUCCACCACUACCCUGCGCCCUCUCCCGAGGGCACGAACCCGCCUCCCGUGGGCAGCGGCGGCGCUAAACCCUCCACGGAUUUCCACAACCUCGCCCGGGAGCUGGAAAACUCCAGCGGUGGCCGCAGCUGCUCGCCCGGCCGCAGUCUCGGCAGCGGCAGCAGCAGCAGCAACAGCGGGGCCGGCAGCGGAGGCCCCCAGGACGCGGAGCUGAGUCCCGACGGCCUGGCCACGGGCGUCUGCAAAGGGAAAAGGAAAUUCCUGGAGGAGGCGGCGGAGGGCGGCGCGGGGCUAGUGGGGGGCCGAGGCCGCUUCGCGGAGCGGCCGCUGCCGGUGUCCAAGGAGGACCUGGUGUGCACGCCGCAGCAGCAGUACCGCGCCUCGGGCAGCUACUUCGGCCUGGAGGAGAACGGCCGCCUCUUCGCGCCGCCCAGCCCCGAGACGGGCGAGGCCAAGCGCAGCGCCUUCGUGGAGGUGAAGAAGGCGGCCCGCGCGUCGGGGCUGCAGGAGGAGGCGGCGGCGGACGGUGCAGUCGCCGCCUCCGAGGAGCAGGACGCGGGCGGCGGUGGAUCCUCCACGCCCGUCGCUGCGUCCCCCGCGGGCGCCGAGAAGCUGCUCGCUCCGCGGCCUGGCGCACCGCUGCCCGGCCGGCUGGAGGCCGGGAGCCCCGCGCGUGGCAGCGCCUUCACGUCGGUGCCGCAGCUGGGCGGCGCGGGCGGCACCGGCGCGUGCGGGCCGGGCGGCGGCGCGGCCCCGGGGAGCGGGCAGGGCGCGACGUCGGACGAGCGCAAAAGCGCCUUCUCGCAGCCCGCGCGCUCCUUCGCGCAGCUGCCGCCCUUGGUGCUGGGCCAGAAGCUGAGCGCCUUGGAGCCUUGCCACCCCGGGGAUGGCGUGGGCCCCGCCAGACUCUACCCCCCCGCGGCCGACCCGCUGGCCGUGAAGCUCCAGGGCGCUGCGGACCUGAACGCGAGCUGCGGGGGACUGCCCAGCGCGGGGGGCGGCCUGCCCAAGCAGAGUCCUUUCCUCUACGCCACCGCCUUCUGGCCCAAGAGCUCUGCGGCCGCCGCUGCAGCCGCCGCAGCCGCCGCCGGACCCCUGCAGCUACAGUUGCCGUCGGCUCUCACCCUGCUGCCGCCCUCCUUCACCUCGCUGUGUCUGCCCGCGCAGAAUUGGUGCGCCAAGUGCAAUGCCUCCUUUCGCAUGACCUCCGACCUAGUGUACCACAUGCGGUCGCAUCAUAAAAAGGAGUACGCCAUGGAGCCCCUGGUGAAAAGGAGGCGCGAGGAGAAACUCAAGUGCCCCAUUUGCAACGAGUCCUUCAGGGAGCGCCACCACUUGUCCAGGCACAUGACCUCGCAUAACUGACCCCGGGAGGAAGGAACCUGGCCGCCCUCCAACCGCCAAGCCACUUAUCUGCAGGAAUAGACCUUCGAGGACACCCCACGACCUCCUUGUGACUUACACGCACACACACACACACACACACACACACACACACACACGACGGUGGAUUUUAGAUGGGGUGGGUUGUUCGAGGGAUUGUUUUGCUUUCCGAAUGCACGCAUUUUUCACUUUCCCCAAACAAAAGUACAUUUUAAAAAAUGUCAUAUAUUGCAACAUAUUGAUGCAUUUGUCAUACGUUUCUACUUAAAUUAUUAAGCACUGACGGUUUAGAUGUAAUAAUUAUAUGUAAGGACAAAAUUUAUUUUAGAUAUAAAGGAAAGGAGGAUGCAAUGCUUUCUGCGUUUCUUGAUGACCGUUUGCAUUCUUACAAAAAAUAAAAUAAAUAAAAAAGGGGGGUCACCGUUCAGUUUUAGUUUCCAGGGGGGAAGUGCAUGUAUCAUGAAAUGAUUAUGGACUUCGAUGAAGAAUGUCAUCAUUAUGUAAAUAUGUAUUUUUCUUUUAAUACAAAGUGUAAUUUUGUGCCCGUGAAAUGGAGUCUGAAUAGUUACGUGUUUCUUUUAUCCCCGGAAAGAUUUAUUAAACUUUAUAGACUA